GAGCAGGCCCCGAGGCUGGCGUGUGGCUGCUCCUAGCGUCCUCCCACCCUAACGGCCCUCUCCUCUCUCCCCAGUGCCCUCUGCCAGCAUGACCCGCCUGAUGCGGUCCCGCACGGCCUCGGGCUCCAGUGUCACGUCCCUGGAGGGGUCCCGCAGCCGCUCCCACACCAGCGAGGGCACCCGCAGCCGCUCCCACACCAGCGAGGGCACCCGCAGCCGCUCCCACACCAGCGAGGGUGCCCGCCUGGACAUCACCCCCAACUCCGGCUCCACUGGGAACAGCGCGGGGCCCAAGUCCAUGGAGGUGUCCUGCUAGGCGGCCUGCGCGCCCCGCCGCCCCCUGGACUGUGGGACCAUAGUAGCUGCCCCCUUCUCCUGCCCUCCCCAGCCCCUGCCCGCCAUACCGCACGCAACUCGGUAUUAACCCCAAGCUAGUUUUGUAGGAGGGAGCUCUGGCCAUGACUUUAGAUGGGAUUUGUCCAGGGCGCCCCCUCCAGGGCCGGGCGGGGUGGACCAAAGGAACGGAAGCAUCUUAGUGUCCCCUGUGCAUUGAAGAGUGGCCUGGUGGCCGCUGGCUUCCCCUCCCUCCAAGAUGCCAAACUGCCCCAAACAAGAAACAUAGCA